AUGCGGCCAAUCAAAACCCUCACCACCCUCGUACGGCCACUCGCCAUCCUCUUCCCAAAACGCAGUCGCCACCUCUUCCGCAUAAUAAUCGUCAUCCCCAUCCAAAUCCCCCGCCACAAAAUCCCACGCCAAGUAACCCCCCGACUCCUCCGACCAAUCGUCCCACUCCCACUCUCCCGCCUCAUAACACCCCACCAUAUCCGGCCCCAAAACCUUCAACUUCCCCCAAAACCUCUUCACAACCCUCUCGUCAAGCUCCACAUUCCAACAACCCCGAAUAUCGAGCAACAGGAGAGGGAAGAUAGCUUCAUGGAGAUUGUUUCGGUUAUGGAGUCGGUUAUGGAGCACCUCGUCAGGGACAGUGUGUGGAGAGAUUGA